GUAUACAUAUACGGACGUUGUACUGUCUUCCGUUCAAUAAUCCCGGUUACAUGGUGGACGACGUAGACGCAUAAAGUUGGGGUCCAUGUCAACAUAUAUGGGGAUUAUAGUUAUUUCUGUAAGGAAUAUAAUAUAACCAGACAAAAUUCCUCCCGAAAAGGCAACGAGACCCCGCGGUUCCGAAGGUUCUGUACAGGGAGGUUUCUCAGAGGUGUUCUACAUAGAAAGCUUUGAGGGCCUGUGUCGUUUAAAGAAGAAGUUUAACUUCAACGCAGAACCACCGUGGGAUCCCAGCUAGUAUCGGCUAAGUGCAGGUGUUUCCGUAGGCCGGAUUGUUUGUACAGCUUAUCUACUAUCUUAUCAAACUUGUUAGUCUAAUAGUUGUCCAACAUGAAACAAUACAUCGGAAAAAAAUGUAUGGUUGAGAUGUUGACCUGUGAGAGGUCAACACAGAGUCUUGUAGAGGAGAAGAUUCAAACCCAGAACCUCGAGAAAAAGGAUGAUGCCUUCUUUGUGGCAGACUUGGGCGAUAUCUACGAGAAGUACAACAAAUGGAACAAGCAAUUGCCCAGGGUUCGUCCAUUCUAUGCGGUCAAGUGUAAUGAUGAUUACGCCGUGCUGAAGCUCCUUGUUGACCUGGGACUGUCUUUUGACUGUGCCAGUAAGAAUGAGAUCCAGAAGAUCUUGGACCUGGGGGUGCAUCCCUCCCGCAUCAUUUAUGCCAACCCUUGUAAGCAGAUGUCCUUCAUCAGACAUGCAGCCAAGAAUCAGGUGUCCCUCAUGACUUUUGACAAUGAGGAUGAAUUGAUCAAGAUCAAGGCCCUCUACCCAGAUGCACAGCUGGUGCUCAGGAUAUUGCCUCCUACCAACUUUAAGGUCCAGUGUGAGCUGGGAAUGAAGUUCGGCUGUCAUCCCAACAAAGCGCGCCACCUACUGGAGGCUGCUAAACGCUACAAUCUCACUGUGAUGGGAGUCAGCUUUCAUGUGGGCAGUGGGUGUGAAGAGGCGAAUGCCUUCGCUGUUGCUGUAGAGCAAGCACGUACUGUGUUUGACCAUGGCCUUGACUUGGGGUUCGACAUGAAGCUGCUAGAUAUCGGCGGAGGCUUCCCUGGGCAGGAGAGUGCUACCAUCACCUUCGAGGAGAUCACUGAUGUGCUGAAUGGUGCUCUGGACAGAUGCUUCCCAGAGGAGGAGGGAGUGGACAUCAUUGCUGAGCCCGGCCGAUUCUUUGUGGCCUCAGCAUUCAGCCUUACGGUCAACAUCAUUGCCAAGAGGGUGGUGGCCCGCGACCAGCAUGGAGAGAAUGCCGAACCUAUGGACUACCCAACAGCUGAUGAGGAACCCUCGAUCAUGUAUUACGUCAAUGACGGCGUGUACGGCUCAUUCAACUGUCUGUUGUACGACCAUGCCACUGUCACUGCCUGUGUACCCAAUGAGGUUGAGUGCGAGCUGCCCUACACCAGCAGUGUAUGGGGACCCACCUGUGACGGUCUUGACUGCAUUCAUGAGGAGGUGAAACUGCCAGAACUUCAGGUGGGGGAUUGGCUAUACUUCUCCGACAUGGGAGCCUACACCCUUGCAGCAGCCUCGGGAUUCAAUGGCAUGCCAUCUCCUCAACGCUUCUAUGUCUGCUCGGUCAAGAAAUGGAGGGCCAUAUACCAGGAGGCCAGUGAAGCGAAGUGUCUGCCCAUCAAGUCUGUACCGCAGAUGAAAGCAGGCCACCAAAUGUAUGAGGCUGCCAACUUCCUGGGAUCAUCCCCUGCUGAAGGCUUCAUCGUGGGUAAUCUGGACAUCUAGCUCGUCAUGGACCAAUAUCAGCACCGGUCGUGUUAAGAUGCUACAACCGCUGUUGUCAAGUGUUAUCCAUGAUGACUUUGUCCAGAAGUUUGGACUCUUGUCUGCUUUCCAUAGCCUUAUAUGUUUGUGAGAUCACAGUUUGACAUCUCUUCACCAUACGUUUUCUUUCUAGUGUUGCUACAAUGGUAGUUGGCUAUUUGUAUAUGUAUUAAGCUUUAGGCAAAUUCACUGUCAUAUAUCUAUCACAGAGAGGUUUAGAGAAACAGUCAUCUUUCUUAUUACGAUUGAAAUAGUUCAGUGAGAGGGAGAAAUUCAACCGGAAAGGAAUGCUCUAUUUGAAUUGACUGAUUACUAUCUAAAACAGUUAGAGGAAAUGCUACACGAUUUCACAUGAUCUUUGAGUUGAGAAUUUUAACCUAACACUGUAGUCUGGUGUCCAGGGUAAUCCAAGUCAGAUAGAAUCAUCAGACAUUACUAGUCAUUGUACAGGGAGGCUUUAUACAAGUUUUUGACCUUUUGUAACCAAAUUUAUAUAACAUGUAUAUUUGAUACUGCUCUUUUGCUUUCAAGACCAAACUUAAUCAUCAGUCAUGAAUUAGAAUGAGAAGACAGACUCCAUAGCUGCCUCUUGUACAUCGCUCAUUUUCCUGCUUAAACAGGGACCAUGAUGCAUCUGUCAAUAUUACACCACUUUGAUAUGAUUAAUCAAUUUAUUUUAAAAACAUGACUUUUUUUGUGAUUUUCUGCCACAAAAACUACUACAUUACUAAUAAUAUAAUAAUAAGUCGAGGUUCUUAUAUACCGCUUUAUCACAACCUAGUUUGUAGGUUGUCUCAAAGCGGUUCACAAAUACUACAUGUAUUCUAGAGAAAAAUUGAUAGAGGCCCUUGUGGAUGAAUAGAUUAACUCACUGAUGUGGAUUGUAGGAGUUGUAACCAAAGAUUAUCUUUACAACCAUUUACAACCAUUCAAAAGAUAAACAUUUUUAAGCCAUUCUACACAUCACAAGCCAAUACUUAAAAGGUGCUGUAUAUCUUAUAAGUUUGUAAUCUAAUACUAUUCAGUAUUAUAUCAUAUAACUACAUAGAUAUGGAUUUAAGUAUGAUAUUCAAGAAAUUUCAUCUCAUUAAGAAAAAAUGAAAUGCGUCAUUAAUCCCAUUGAUAUUAUUAAGAGGAGGUAGAGUGGCAUUAUUUUACAUUGUUUGUAUAAUGUGAUACAUAUAUCUCAAGUGUAUAAUGUGAUGCAUAUAUCUCAAGUGUAUAAUGUGAUACGUGUAUCUCCAGCACUAGUCAUGUCUAUAUUUGUACAUGUUUCAUCUUUGGACCUAAAUCUUAAUGUGGAACCCUCGCCCAGCAUUAGUGUUGAUAGACAGACGAAGUACUGUCAUUGGAACCGUCAAUUUGAUUCAAAGGCAUAAGUCGUGUAGUAUUUUCUCUGUUCAAAGUAAUUGAAGGUGACAAGUCAGGGUCACUUAAACAUUGAAGCUGACCAGUUCAGGUCACUGACCCCUACAAGACUGGUCAAGGUCACUCUGACAUCAUGUGACUUCUCAAGAUCCCUAACCUAGGGUCACGAACACCAUGUGACCGCCCUCCUGUGUAUCUACGAUAGUAGCUAAGCUGUACAAACAGGGGAAACACCUGCCAGAAUUGUUAACUGGCCCCCUUUUUUUUAAUUUUUUUUUCGAUUCAUAUUUUAAAAGCAAAUUGUGCAUCUUUUAAUUUUCUGUUUGUUGCAGAUUUGCUAGAAGAGAAUUAAAAAAUGCAAAUUUA